AAAAACCAACAAGUUGUUCAAAAUAUAAUAAAAGAAAUUUUUUUCGUGAAGAUAAAAGAUUUUGAUGUAAAAACAAACGAUGUUGAAGAUCUGUUUCGAUAUUCAAAAAAUUCAUUUUUUUCUAAUAAUCAUUUAAAAUGUGAUGAUACUUUGUACAUCGCAUAUCUUUGGUUAGCAAAAGUUUCUACUAACUCGAUAUUGAAGAUGACAGGUCACUCACCUAAUAUAAUAACUGAUUAUUUAGAUUUUUUUGAGA